AUGCCUCUCGGAAUUCAUAACCCUCUUCCCUCGUCCAUGAACAGCGAGUGCCGAAAGGCUGGGAAAAUUCUCGCAUCCUUUGUUGAUCCGCGACAAGCAUUCGGCCCUGACAAAGUCAUCCCGCCGGAGAUAUUGGCUGGUGCUAAGGGUCUUGCCAUUCUGACGGUUCUCAAAGCUGGAUUCUUAGGUUCUGGUCGAUUUGGUUCUGGCAUUGUUGUUGCUCGACUGGCCGAUGGGUCAUGGUCCGCUCCGUCCGCGAUCGCAACCGCAGGUGCUGGAUUUGGAGGUCAGAUUGGGUUUGAGUUGACCGACUUCGUCUUCAUCCUUAACGAUGCUGCCGCUGUUCGCACAUUUUCCCAGGCCGGAACUCUGACGCUGGGAGGAAACGUUUCGCUCGCAGCCGGGCCGGUUGGUCGCAAUGCAGAAGCUGCUGGUGCCGCAAGCACCAAGGGCGUAGCAGCUAUAUUCGCAUAUUCCAAAACCAAGGGACUUUUCGCUGGUGUUAGUUUGGAAGGAAGCAUGUUGGUCGAGCGUAGGGAUGCCAACGAAAAGCUCUACAGCAGCCGAGUGUCUGCUCGCCAACUCCUCACUGGCACAAUUCCGCCUCCACCUGCGGCGGAACCUCUGAUGCGAGUGCUAAAUUCUCGUGCUUUCUAUGGAGUACGCACGAAUGGUGACUCCAUGUACAAUGAUAUUCCUGUUUAUGAUGAUCGCCAUGACGACGUGGUCUGGGAGGGUCGCCGAGGAGACGCAUAUGGCGAGGGGGCGCGGCGCGAUCGGACUGGAUACAAUGCGCCUUCUUCAGAUGACUACGAGUACCGAGAUCGACCGCGCCGGGCGACAACAUGGGCUGACGAUGUAUAUGACCGGCCCGCUGGAGGAGGCUUAAGCCGUUCUUCCACUGGCCGCUACGGCGGACGCGCCGAUACUUUCGACUCAAUUACCGGUAACCGCGCGCGGAGCAACACAUACGACGACGACUACGUGUACUCUGACCGAAAACCUAGUCGACCUACAGCGCCGAAGCCUGUUUUUGGGCAGCGCACUGGGGGUGCUGCUCCUCUACGUGAUGACCAGGCUAUCGCGCUAUAUACAUUCGAUGCAGACCAGGACGGUGAUUUGGGUUUCAAGAAAGGGGAGAUCAUCACGAUUACCAAACGUACCGAAAAGAAAGAGGACUGGUGGACAGGGCGAAUCGGUGACCGUGUCGGCAUAUUCCCAGCGAACUACGUAGACGCAGCUUAG